AUGUGGCUUUUUCGGAUCCUCUCGUCGGCCCUCUUCCUGACCGUCACUGUUUCCUCCAUCCCACUGGCUUUCGAUGUGGGUGGGAAGACGUGCGGUUUGGCCUUUUCUCUAUCCCUGGCGACUUUUUAUUUCAUUUUUUCCCUCCUGAGGCUCACCACCCCUGAGCGAUCAUGGUUCCGUUCUUCAGUGAUCGUCCUUAUCCGCUCCACGCAAUGGAUUAUUAUACCGAUACUUCUGAUCUGGUCCCUGAAUCGCUUUUCGAUUGAUACCGACAACACGAGUAGUUGGGUGGAACGCACAUUCAGCGGCAAGAGAGCCCAGGACUCAUCCGUCCAGGAGUGGCUUUUCGGACCCGAUGGAUUCAUUGAGACCGUGACUAUUGGUAACUGGUAUAAGCUUCUCACAUGGUCGACGCCUGUUUUUCAGCUUGUCGAAGGGUUCUGCAGCUUGUUGGUCAUACAAGCGGCAGGGCAGAUCACCCGUUGGCUCGUUAACCGCGGCGGACGAAGUGAUAGCUGGAUGAUUGCCCUUCUAGUACUGUCUGCCUCUAUCAUAUCGAGCUCUGUAUACUUCCUUUGGCGCGUUCUUCAGUUUCCGGAGAUAUCGAAUGUCGAUGCUGCUUUGAUCGGUGUAUCGAUUACCUGUGCUGUGAUCCUGUGCGCCUGGGGUAUUGGCAGUGGCCGUGGCAACCCGGUGGAAAGCUCGCUCCUAUUCGCUUACGUCGUAUUGUGCAUCUAUCAGAUCUUUACCGACUACCAGCCAUCGUACCCGGUUGAGCAGGGCUCUUCGCCCACUCAGACCAGCGACUUUCCCCCCCUUCCACCUAUCAUCAUGGCAUCCUACUCCACGCUCAUGCAUGCUUUGUCUUCGUUACCUUCGAUCAUUCAUGCAACUUUCAACGUGAUUACUGCCGUCUUCAGCGCUGUGACUCCCUCCGUCCUGAUUUCGCUUGCAUACCGUAUCUUCGUUCUGUAUGCAUCCACUCGAAUAAUCCCUGCUGUUCGGGAAUCUGGGGCACGUGCGCUUUCUCAAGAGGCUUCGUUGGACGAUACUGAUGCUGCGGGUCAAUUCUUGGGUUUUUUGAGCUACUUUUCACCGUCGAUCCUCAUCGCUGUUUAUACAAGUCUUCUAAUGCAACACUUUGCCACAACGUCGCAAGCGAUGGGUGGCAGCGGCCAGUGGUGGAGCAUUCAAGGAGGUGGAGGCGGAAACCUGUGGAGGUGGGUCAACCUCGCCUGCACCCUGGCUCUAUACGCUGUCGAGUUAUGGCUGGGUGAAAACAACGACCUAGAUUCUGGAUUGGCUGGGCACUGGAAAACGGACUGA